AUGGCGCGGAUGGACGAGGACGAACGUGGACUUCUCCUACGCAGUAUCGAGGAAUUAAAUCCUGUCGAACGUGGACUUCUCCUACGCAGUAUCGCGCGGAUGGACGAGGACGAACGUGGACGGAUCCUACGCAGUAUCGAGGAAUUAAAUCCUGUCGAACGUGGACGGAUCCUACGCAGUAUCGCGCGGAUGGACGAGGACGAACGUGGACUCGUGGACGGAUCCUACGCAGUAUCGCGCGGAUGGACGAGGACGAACGUGGACUUCUCCUACGCAGUAUCGCCCAGCUAAGGAGGAAACGUCUUCAUGGAUUAAUGAAUAUUGCAGAACCCUGGCUUAUUGAGACCAAGAAAUUCUUAAAAGACAAACUCGAGGAGAAGGAGCUUUCGGAAUUCAUGGAAUUGAUUGAGAUAUCGAGGUCGUAUCGAACAAAGGGUUUUCUUGAAGCCUAUGAACAACUCGGGGAGGAUACACGUUCUCAAUUUAUGGAACAAUUUCUUGGCAAACUUGAAGUCAAAAGAGGUCCUUGACGUCCAUCUUCUGCAAGGUGUUUUCUAAACGAUGCUUAAAAUUUGUAUUUCUUACAUGAAUAUUCCAACACCUUACGAAAUCAUACGGAGCCUUGUGCGAAUUGAGUAAACAGUUGACAUUUUGAUUCAUCAGGUUGUGAUGUAUGUGAUAAGUUCUAUCUUCACUUCCGAAAGUUGUGACAACGUGCAGGCGCUCGGGUUGAUUCCUUGAUCAAGAUCAUCGAGGUGGAUGGUUUUUCCCUCCUUUCUCAUCUUUCUUGCAUUUACAUUUGCAUUCACAUUUAAAAUAUUCAUCUUAUAAUUCCCUCGUUGGACUGAAAUCUUGUUUCCAGCAGGAGAGGCCAUUUGAUCCAGUUACGCCGCUUAUGAAAUGGACCGACUAAGGCGUGUCCUGUCCUUGAUUUUAACUGUUUGUACAAUAUCCAAAUCAUGUUGCUUUGAGAAAUUUCACGCAAAUUUCAAUUUUUCACAGUGCUGCAAGUGUUCAAGUAUCCUGUGAGGGUCUUACCAUAUCUCAUGAGAAAGUUUCAU